AUGGAUGUAUCUCCUCAAGCUGUACGACAGUUAAGAUAUCUUGAUUCACAGGAACCAAUAUUACGCAAUGUGACCGUUGGUGUUUCUCAUUUCGAGCGAUGUGCCCUUUGGGUCCAAGUUCUGUCCUAUCCCUUCUAUGGUAGCGGCACUCCUGCAGAUUUUGAAGGGAACUAUUCAGAAGAGGUUCCACAAAUCAUGAGACAAAAGAAAAGUCUAAGUCCUGAAUUAGGGGAACCAGUUAUAUUUAAGAUCGAAGUGAGUAGAAACGUGGACCUAGGUGAUGAGACAACCACCAUGAUAUGUAAAUUUGUGGUUCGGGCUUCUGAUGUCUCUAUUACAAAGGAGAUUGGUUCGGAUCUACUGGGGUGGUUGGAUGACCUUACCAAUGGGAGUGUUGAAUACAUGCCUGAAGAUGAAGUCAAAGCAGCUGCUGCCGAGAAGCUGAGGACCUCAAUGGAAAGAAUAGCAUUGCUGAAGGCAGCAAGACCCUGA